AAAAAAGCCAUGAAAAGAAAAAAGCAACAUGUGGAGACACUUAUAGAGCCGUGUCAUGAUAUGAUUGACGAUUACUAUGAGCACAAGAAGCGUUUUUUGUUCUUUGGGUGAAUGAAUAUGAGAAUAAACUAGUUUGUAUUGCUCAAGUAAGAUAACAUUUGAGAUUUACAAAGAAGGGAUCUCUCUCUAUUGCUGAUGGACUACUUCUAUCCGUGAAGGAUCUUCUGGCGGCUUGGCAGCAGGUAUCUUUGUACUUUAAAGGGGCUUCUGCCCCCUUACCCACCCCCCUUAUAGAAUUAUUCCCAAAUUUUCGAUAAAGCCAUAAAGGACAAUAACAUUGGUGGUGAAUCUAAGAGGUAAAGUUUCACUCUUUCUGUUUACAUCCUUAGCUUUUUAUUUUCAUUAAAAAAUUUAUUAUUUAUGAAACAGCUUGGGGUUCAAGACUUGCUACGCCUUCUGAUAUUUAAUGCUGGGCACUAAAGAGUUAGCAAGAACGUGAGUAUGUUACCCCAGAUGAGUGAACCUGCAAGACAAGAUAAAAUAGUCAUUAUAGAGAAGGUAAAAAUAAUACAUAUUGAGGAAAAGAUAGUAGAAUCUGUCUAAGGUGAUUUGAUCAUGUGAGAAGAAGACUAAUAAAAGCCCUCAUAAGAAUUUUACCCAAAAAAUAAAAAAUACAACACCUAGUAAGAAGAGUGGAUCAAUUAGAGGAUAGUCCUAUAGAAAUAGCUUUUUUAUUGGUAAGAUAAAAUUAUCUAAAGGUAUAAAAAAGUUAUCAAAAGUAGAAAGGUACUCUUGAUUUACACCGGUCAGAUUUUAGGGUUUGAUUGAAAUUAUUCCAGUUGAUUCAUUUCCAUUGGAUGGGUUGACCAUGGGAAAACAUAAGAAACUUCGGAAGGCCAUCAGACAAUUUUCCAUUGGUCAUAAGAGGAAGAGUUGAAUAUGAUAUCUAUCCACUAUCCAAUGAAAGGUUUUAUACAUAAACAACUAAUGAGAGGUGGACUUUAGAGUUCACUUUAAAUUAUUUCAGGUUUUAUGCAUAAACAACUAAUAAGAGGUAGACUUUAGAGUUUACUUUGAAAUUGUGGAAAAUCAUAAUGUAAACGACUCUUAUAAUUUUCCACAAUGCGAUUUAUUUGUUCCAACACAUACGAGCAAGUGCUGAAUCUGAUCUCUAUCCACUAUCCGGUCGAAGCAUCAAACUAAAAAUCAUUUGAGGACAGUGAUAAGGUAAAUUUUUUCUCUCGCUUGUUUUGUGGCUUUAUAUCAGUCAUUCAUUUUUGGAUAAAGCUAAGGUGGAAACUAAGAAAAGAAUUAUGAAAUGGUUUAGAUGAAGUAAAUAAGAUUGCUUAGCAUAUAUUAUGAGCCAAAGCAACAAUCUUGCAAAUCCAAAAGGACCCAGUAAUGUCAGAUGUUAAUUGAAAAUGUUGCAGAUACAAAGUCUUGUUCUUUAAGCUGUUUGAUCCUUUCAUUUCUUUUCUCUCUUUAUUUAUCUUUGCCAGAUAUAUUGUGGCUUGCUUAAUUUGAUAUUGGGGGUGUAGAGAAAAGAAAGAAUUAGAGUGCACGCGUGAAUCCAAUGGAAUAUUCUUCUGCCAGAGCUUAUCAAAUAAAAUAUGUUGUAUUUGCUUGUCUCUUGCUUCUUUUGAAAUGGAAGGGUGUAGUACUGGCAAAUAAAACAACAGUGGACAACGAUUCUAAGGAUCUAGUGGUGUCAUUUUCUAGCUCUGCUCCUCAGAUAAAGUAUGAUGUCUUUCUCAGCUUUAGAGGGGACGACACGCGUGAAGGUUUCCUCAGUCAUUUGAACAAGAAUUUACAUCAAAAGCAGAUUUUUACCUUUGUAGAUGACAAGCUUCCCGUAGGGUGUGAAAUAUCGAAAGCUCUUCUUGAAGCAAUUGAAAGAUCAUUGAUUUCAUUGGUCAUAUUCUCACAAAACUAUGCUUCUUCAUCUUGGUGUUUGCUAGAGCUAGUGAAAAUAGUUGAGUGCAGGGAAAAAGAUGGACAGAUUGUGCUACCUGUUUUCUACAAAGUCGAUCCCUCCCAUGUACGGCAUCAAAAGGGGGCUUAUGAAAAUGCAUUUGCUGAACAUGAAAAAAAUUAUAGUUUAAAGGUGCAAACCUGGAGAUCUGCUUUGAAAGAAACUGCUAAUUUAGCAGGAUUUCAUUCUUCAAAUUUUCGGAAUGAAGCUGAGCUUGCUGAAGAAAUAGUUAAAUGGGUACAGAAGAGAUUGAAACAUGUGGACAAAGUUAACUCAAAAGGACUUGUUGGAAUUGCCAAACCAAUUUCACAUGUAGAAUCAUUGUUACGGUUAGAUUCAGAAGAUGUUCGUAUUAUUGGAAUUUGGGGCAUGGGUGGUGUUGGUAAGACAACAAUUGCAGAAGAAGUAUAUUACAGAUUGCAUGCUGAUUACGAAGGGUAUUGUUUUCUGGCUAAUGUAAGAGAGGAGUUGGGAAGACAGGGAAUAAUCUCUUUAAAGAUAAAGCUUUUUUCCACACUACUAGGGGAACAAGAUUUGAAAAUUGAAACCCCAAAUGUAUUGCCUCCUUAUGUUGAGAAAAGGCUUCGUCGUAUGAAGGUUCUGAUUGUUCUUGAUGAUAUCAACUAUUCGGAGCAACUAGAAAUUUUAGUUGGGACACAUGACAGGUUUAAAAAUGGUAGUAGAAUCAUCAUAACUACUAGAGAUAAGCAAGUCCUUGCUAAAGGGGUUCAUGGUAUAUACGAGGUUGAGGCACUGGACUUUGAUGAGUCUCUCCGGCUUUUCAAUUUGAAUGCCUUUGAACAUAAUCAUAUUGAUAUAGAAUACUACGAACUAUCUAAGACGAUGGUCAAGUAUGCCGAAGGCAUUCCAUUAGUUCUUAAAGUUUGGGGUCAUCUUCUUCGAGGAAAAAAAAUAGAAAUAUGGGAAAGCCAAUCAAAAAGGCUCAAAAAAGUGCCAAAUAAAAAGGUUCAUGAUUUUAUUAAAAUUAGUAUUGAUGAUGAUCUUCAUCAUGAUGAGAAGAAGAUAUUUUUGGAUAUUGCAUGUUUUUUCGAUGGAUUGAAUAUGAAUGUUGAUAAAAUAAAACUUUUAUCAAAGGAUCAUGAUUAUUCUGUUGCUGCUGGGUUAGAAAGGUUACAAGAUAAAGCUCUUAUAACUAUUUCUGAAGAGAAUAUUGUAUCCAUGCAUGACAUUAUACAAGAAACCGCUUGGGAGAUGGUUCGCCAAGAAUCUAUUGAAGACCCUGGUAACCGGAGUCGACUGUUGGAUACUGAUGACAUUUAUCAAGUACUGAAAAAUAACAAGGGGAGUGAGGCCAUUAGAAGCAUAGUCCUCAACUCGUCGAUGAUUAAGGAGCUGCAGUUAAGCCCUCAAGUAUUUGCUAAGAUGAGCAAACUACAAUUUCUUGAUUUGUAUUGUGAUUGGCCUUAUAAAGUGUUGUAUCUUCCUCAUGGGCUUGACUCUUUGCCAAAUGAACUAAGAUAUCUUCGCUGGGCUUGCUACCCUUUGGAAUCCUUGCCAUCCAUGUUUUCUGCGGAAAAUCUUGUUGAAUUGAACUUGCCCUACAGCCGAGUGAAAAAACUUUGGCACCAAGUGCAGGAUCUUGAGAAUUUAAACACCCUUGUACUGCAUUCAUCCACAAGCCUGGUGGAACUGCCAGACUUUUCAAAGGCCACAAAUCUUAAAGUCAUAGAUCUCCGUUUUUGUGUAGAGCUGACUAGUGUGCAUCCAUCUGUUUUGUCAAUCAACAAGCUUGAGAAAUUGGACCUAGGUGGAUGCAUUUCCCUUACAAGCCUUGGAAGCAAUAUCCAUCUGAGCUCCCUUCGCUAUCUCUCCCUCUAUGGCACGGGCAUCAAACAACUACCCUCCUCUAUUGCACUUCAAAGCAAACUUGAAAAGCUAAAUCUAGCACGCACUUACAUUGGGAACUUGCCUGCAAGCAUCAAGCAUCUUACAAAGCUUCGACAUCUAGCUAUACACCACUGUAGGGAGCUUCAGACUAUACCAGAGCUUCCCCCAUCGCUUGAAAUGCUAGAUGCCAGUGGCUGCAUAUCACUGGAGACUGUGUUGUUCCCUUCAACCGCUAGUGAACAACUGAAUGAAAACAAGAAAAGGGUUGCCUUUUGGAAUUGCUUGAAAUUGGAUGAACAUUCUCUCAGGGCUAUUGAGCUGAAUGCGCAAGUUAACAUGAUGAAAUUUGCAUUCCAACAUUUAUCCAUAUUUGGUCGCAGUUAUGAUGCUCAAAUCACUUAUGUGGAUCAGGAAAGCAUAAUUCAAGAGUGGUUGUUCUAUCGAAAGACAACAAGUGACUUCCUACCUGUUAAUGGGAAGACAACACGUGACUUCCUACCUGUUAAUGGGAAGACAACACGUGACAUCCUACCUGUUAACUUCCUUUUACCUCCGCAUUCCCUUCUGUUGGGCUCCAUUUUGCGCAGAUCAACAUGAUGAAAUUUGAACGCCAACAUUUAUCCACAGUUGGUCGCAGUUAUGAUGCUCAAGGCACUUAUGUGUAUCCGGGAAGCAAAGUUCCAGAGUGGCUGGUGUAUAGGACAACACAAGA